CCUCUAUAAAUUAACCGUGCACGAAGCUGCAGCCAAGCACAUUUCUGCAUCCGUUCAACUCAUCAAUUCACGGUUUCCACCCAAUUUGCAACAGUAGUCUACUAUCCUAGAGCUGGAAAUGGAUGUGAAAAGCAAGAUUUUGAUCAUUGGGGGCACUGGAAACAUCGGGAAAUAUUUAGUGGAAGCGAGUGCAAAGGCAGGGCACCCAACGUUUGCAUUGGUCCGAGAAAGCACAAUAUCAGAUCCUAAAAGGGCAGUUAUCAUAGAGAGUUUCAAGAGUUUGGGAGUCAUAUUUCUUCAUGGAGACCUACACAAUCAUCAGCAGUUGGUAAAUGCAAUCAAACAAGUUGACAUAGUGAUCUCUGCAGUCGGGGGAGAUUUGGUAGCUCAUCAAGUUAAGAUUAUUGAAGCAAUUAAAGAAACUGGAAACAUCAAAAGAUUUUUACCUUCUGAAUUUGGGGUUGAUGUGGAUCGUGCGCAUGCUGUUGAGCCAGCUGCUAGCUUAAACAGGACCAAGGUUGAGAUCCGCAGAGCUAUUGAGGCAGAAGGGAUACCUUACACUUAUUUAGUAUCUAACGGAUUUGCUGGUUACUUGAAUUAUAUCCUCAACAACUUUGGAGACUCUUUCUCUGCAAGUCCUCCCAGAGACAAAAUUGUCAUUCUUGGCGAUGGAAAUCCAAAAGUUGUUUUCACCAAGGAAGAAGACAUUGCUGCAUACACCAUCAAAGCAGCAGAUGACCCAAGGACUCUGAACAAGAGUGUGUACAUUACACCCCCUGCCAACACCUUGUCCUACAACGAAAUAGUAUCAUUGUGGGAAAAGAAAAUUGGCAAGACCCUCGAAAAGAUCUACGUUCCAGGGGACGAAGUUCUUAAGAAAAUUCAAGAGGCUUCAAUGCCAUUAAAAUUGCUCCUGUCUUUGGCAUACACAUUUUUCGUGAAGGGAGAAAUAGCCAACUUUGAGAUCAAGGCUUCUUUUGGCAUGGAGGCAACGGAGCUCUAUCCUGAUGUUAAAUACACCACACUUGAUGAGUACCUCAUCCAGUUUGUAUCAAAUUAGCUUAGAUGCUUUCAGAUUAGCUCUACCAGAUUUUUGCAGCAGUUUCUUGUGUACUACUAGAUUUUGUUCUUCUUCCAGAUGAGGAUUGUCAUGAAUGUGAUCGAAAUAAAAUCUGUCCUUGAUUUGUAUCCUGUCUUUGCGUCAAUAGCGUCAAUAUAGAAAUGAACAUGCUCCUCUACCUCGAGUUGAAGACUAUUGUCUAAUACAAUGUUGGGAACAAAACAAGAUUCCUUCUUCA